AUGUCUGCAUCAACGCCCGCUGUAGAUCCUCGAGACAUCGUCUCUGAAACCUUCUCGGCAGCUGCAUCGGCAACUUCUUCGACAACACCCUCAACCCCUGUCCCAAGGCCCUCUAUUGUCGCCUCCUCCUCUGCACCUGCUUCUGCACCUGCACCAACUCCAGCUGACGCCUCGAGUUCGACUGCAACCGUUCUCCCAAUUAAUACUACUCACUCUAACAAUGUAUCCACACCAACUACGGCAGCCAUACCCGUCCGCAAGCGUACUCUGGCAGAUUACAAACUAGGAAGGACCCUUGGCGAAGGAUCGUACUCGACUGUCGUGGCGGCAGUGGAUUUGUCGAACAAACGCGACUACGCGAUCAAAGUCCUCGACAAGCGACACAUCAUACGCGAAAAGAAGGUCAAAUAUGUCAACAUUGAAAAGAACACGCUUUACAAGCUUGAUCAUCCAGGAGUCGUCAAGCUGUAUUCGACCUUCCAGGACAGCUCUAGUCUAUACUACGUCCUAGAGUUGUGCCAGAAUGGAGAACUAUUGACAUUCAUCAAGAAGCUCGGCUCCUUUGACGAAAACUGCACGCGUUUCUACGUGGCGCAGAUUCUAACUGCCAUAGAGUAUGUCCACGGUCAGGGUGUCAUUCACCGGGAUCUGAAGCCAGAAAAUAUCCUUCUGGACCACCGCAUGUACAUCAAGUUGACAGAUUUCGGAACAGCAAAGAUGCUGGAGCCAUCAGAGGAUGGGACAGAAUCGGACAGGGCCAAUUCAUUCGUAGGAACAGCCGAAUACGUGUCGCCAGAACUGUUGACGGAGAAAGCAGCAUGCAAAAGUUCCGAUUUAUGGGCAUUGGGCUGCAUUAUAUACCAGCUCCUCGCAGGAAGACCUCCUUUUAAGGGAUCUAACGAAUAUCAAACGUUUCAAAAAAUUGUCAAACUCGAGUACUCGUUCCCAGCAGGUUUUCCAAAGACUGCCAUGGAUCUCGUUUCGCGUUUGCUGGUCCUUGAUCCUAAUGAACGCCUGGGUUCCAACAAUUCGAUCGACAAACUGAAGCAGCACUCCUUUUUCGACGGUGUGGAGUGGAACGAACUCUGGAAGCAGCCUGCGCCUAAACUU